AUGAAUCCGAGCGACUGGCCGCGAGGCCUUUUCUGCCAAGCAUGCCACGAAGAAAAAAUGCCCCGAAUCGCUUAUUUAACCGAUGAUUAUUUGCAUCAUUGUCUAGAGCAUUUUGAGAAGUUGCAGUGAGUUUGAUAUUAUGCUUCUAAAAAUCCAAACAAAAUUUUGAGUCCCGAUAAAAUGGACAUUUACUCGUUCAAGUGUAGCAUGUGCAAGACGCUGUUUGCUAAUUUCGACGGGCACGAUUCGUUGGUUUGUCCGAAAGAUAUCCGGAAAAAGGUAUAAAUUUUAAAAACUGCCAGUUCAAAAAGCUGUUUCAGAACAACGGGAAGCACAGACUUAUCAUGAACAAGUUUGAUCCGGGAAAUCGGCUCGAAUAUCGUCGUUUUUGCGAUAGAAAUCGUGUGGAAUGCGAAGGUUUGUAACGGUUUAUCAUUGUGAAUAUAUAAUUAUUGAGAUUUUUCAGUGGGAAAUUGCAAGCAGAACAAGAUGAGUGCGCUGGAUCCAUUGAGAGCGUUAGUUUGAAUUUGUUUUUCAAAAAAAUGUUUUUCAAAUGGAGAUUUUUGACUUGUUUUUCUCUGUGAAAAAAAAUUUUUUUCUAAAAAUUUAGCGAUUCCAAUUUUCAUAUAACUUGUAAGAAAAAUUCGCUUUUUUUGCAUUGAUAGAACUUAUAAAAUUACAUAUAUAUUCCAUUUUUCGCUUGAAAUUUCAACUCAUUGUGCUUUUUCCAAGUUUAGAACUUUUUUUAUCGUUAAAAAAAGCGGACAGAGUUCUGUAAUAGUUCAUUCUAUAUUCGUUUCCUUUCAACAUUUUCGAAAUUGAGGUGUUCAUAAUUCAUCAAAAUUAUGGGAAAAUUGUUGAGCUGGGAAAAUUUUUAUUAUUUUUUUCGAAAUUAACUCUUCUUUUUUUGGUUCUAAUUUUUUUCGUUAUUACUUCAUUUUUUUGAUCUUCCUCUUCACUCCUUAAAAUAAAGUAUCAUUUUCAAACACUUAGAGGUUGUUUAAAUUUUAUGUAUUGUUACUAAUUUUUUUGGACCUUCUGUCUUAUUUUUUACACCAACAGGUCUUUUUCAAAACCAGUUUUUUUUUCGCCUUUUCAAAAUUUUUUUUAAAUCGAGUUUCGUGCUCAACACUUUGAGGUUAUUGAUUAAAUCAAAUUUUUCGACUUCUAGAUUUUUUUUUUGAAUCUAGUAGGAUCACAAUCCUUUCUGAGUUAUACAAAGACCCUUGAAUGAAACUAGAAACAUAUCUUCGUCUAAAGAUUUUCAUGAAUGUCUGUGCUCCUUUAAAAACUGCAAUUUUUGAACAUUUAAAAAUUUUUUUUCGAAUAUGUUCUGUUCAGAAUCUUGAAGACGGAGUCGAGUCCGGACCUGCCGCCCCCUCCGCCUUUUCCAAAUCUGAAAGAAUCUGUGAAUUAUCCUGGAAGUUCAACUUCAUCUUCGCGUUCCGUCUCGACGUCUUCUGGUUUUCCUGAAACUUCUCGAAAUGUUCGUUUUUUAAUAGGCAAAGUCGAAAAGGUUCCAUAGAAAUGAAUGCUCCUUUUUGCGCCAUUUUUUCAGCCCUUAUGCACCAUUUUUGCUGCCUCUCCUUUUUUCCACUAUUUCUUGACCCUUUGAAAUCCAAAAAAAAAGGGAAGGGGUCGAUAAAAGGACUCUUUUUGAUGCCUUUCUGUAGCCUUUUCUGAGCCUUUCCCAUCUAGCGGCCCUUAUCCACCAAAUCAAAAAAAAAAAGAUUUUUGAAAGGUUCCGGUAGGCCAAGAAUUUCAUUAAGGUUAUUCUUGAACUCAGUCUGCUUUCUGAAAAAAAAAGCAAUCUUAUUUCGGUUUUUUCCCUUCGAGAAAAAAAGGUUCAAUGCCAUCUUCAAAGUUUUCCGGGAAAUUUAAGAAGCCGUCAGAGAGUGAAAAAGAUGAUUUAGUUUUGGAGAUUUAGAGAUAUUUUUGUGGGAAUUACCCUGAAAAAUUGAAUAUAAUUUGAGCAGAUUGUAGAUUACAGAAAUUUUUGUGUUUAACGAACUUUGAGCUCUUUCUAAGUUAUGAAAUUUCAUAGUCAUUGUGAUCUUUUUCCUCGGUUCGUUUCGAAAUUGAACGAAAUCCAAUGAUCUAAAUCAUAAAAAGAAUUUUCUACAGCCAAACUUCCGUUUUCCGGUCCUAAAUGAGUCAUUCCGCGAAAGAUUCCCGAAAUAGCCCUCAAUCUUUCUCUAACCAACGCUAUUUCCUCGAUUUCUUAACAGACAAAAUAUUCAAAACUUCAGGAGGCGGUCAAAAAUGCGUCGAUUAUCUUUUUCCUCGUAAUGUUUGUCCCCUAACGACUUCGAGUGGUUUUUACAGUUUUUUUAUUUUUUUCGCCGUAUUUUUUUGAUAUUUUCGUAGGAUACAGGCUAGAAAAAAAAAUAGGAUUCUUUAUUAGACGCAUAAAAAAUGUUUCUUCAUUAAAACUCGGUUGACAAGUAAUUUAGGAUACUCUGUUUGAAAGAUUAAGUUGAAAAAGUACAGUUUUGCAUUUUAGUAGAGUUGUAACGCUCAAAAAUUUCCACUGCAUUGAAAAAAAAGGAUUGUUUUUGCCUUAUAACUCUUAUUGAGGUUUGAAUUAUAUCAUUUCAAUGAAAAAAAGAAUUUUUUUGAGGCGAAAAAAGUUUACUAGAAUUUUAAAAACGCAGUAUAUUUCCACUUGUUCAGAAAAUAAGCUGUCUGAAAGUUCCUUUAAGCCAAAUUUCAUCGAGUUCUUAACCGAAGGCCUUUUUUUCACUUACCAAUAAGCGGUUUUCUUUAGAUCAAAGCUAAAAACAAAGUUGAAGUUGGAUUUUCUUGUUAAAAAAAAUAAAAUUUUGACUGUUGUCUUGGUUCCAGUAAUGCUGAAAGUACCAGAUAAAAUGAUUGUUUUGGAACUUUCGGAAUUCGCUUUUUCCAGUGAUUUUCUGAAUUUUGGAAUAAUUUUGAUGAUUUUUUUACGCUUCACAGCUUCUACGAGUUCUACGAGUCUACGAGUUACAAGAGAUUUUUUUCCAAAAUUUUAGUUUUCUAACAAAUUUUCGAACUUAGAAAAAAAUGAGAGAAGUUCUCAAUUUGCGUGAAAAAUUUCCUGUUUGUUUAAACUGUUUAUUGCAUCUUCAAUGUAAGAAAACAUGUGCAAUCGACUUUCAUUGAUUUGACUGUGUUUUAACGGCGGCAGGAGCUGUGGCUUAGGCAGAGAAGUUGUGAAUUUCGCUCGUAGAACAUCAGGUACAAGAGAGGUCGUAGGAAGAAGUCGGGUGCCGGCUUUCAAAAGGCCGAUGGCAGAGAUUGAGCCUUUUCGCUGCAUGCAGCUCCCAAUUUUAUCUACCCCGGAGGGAUGAAAGGCUUGGUCGACCUCGGGGGGACUCGAACCUACGACCUUGCGGACGUUAGAAAUUAGUUAUGCCAGCUGAGCUAUGCCGCCCCUUCUUUUCAUUUUACUAAUGUUUUUUUCUUUUCCUAAAAUUUCCUAAUAUUCGUAAAUUUUUUUUAAAAAGGUAAAAAUUGAUCAAAAAAAUAGAUGAUUUCCAGGCCCAACCGACAGCCGAAAAAACAUUGGCGCAACUGAUUUCUUCGGCCACGUUCAACUUGGACGAUUCUCCGGUGGAAGAGAAGGUCAUCGUCGAAAAACCACCCGAAAAGGAAACGCCGGAGGAAAUUUCGAUCGCGUUUUACAACGUCGUCGGCGAUUCUGAAGUCUUCGAAGAUCCGCCAGAAGAAAUCCCGAGGAAAAUCACCCGGUCGCAGAAGAGGAAGAUGUCGUUGGAAGUGUCCGAACACGUGCAGAAGAAGACUCUGCCGAAAAGAAGAACUCCGGCGCAAAAGAAGAAGACGUCGAAGGAAAUCGUCGCCAAUUCUGAAGCGAAUCGGGCUGAGACGACGUCGAACAUGCAAGAUUCUGAUGUCAGGAGUGCGGAAAUUUUGCUUGGAUUGGCGCCGAAGAAGGGAGGUCGGCCGAAGAAGACGCCGAAAGGCGCUCCAGGUGGCGACGUCGAAGGUUCUGAAGCUCAGAAGACGUUGACGGUUGGAGAUCCUGACACGAAGAUUUUAUUGGAAGACGCGCAGAAGAAGGGAAAUCAAUCGAAGAAGACGCCGAAAGGGGCUCCAGAUUCUGAAGCAAUCCCUGCUGAGAAGACGUCAACUGUCGAAAAUUCUGGAGUCGAGAAAACGAAGACGUCGCUUGCAAUUGCCCCGAAGAAAGGAGCUCCUCCAAAAAAGACGCCGACAGCCGCUCCAGACGGAACGAAUUCUGAAGCGACUCAGGCUGAGAAGAAGGUUCUUGACCUCCCUCCGCAGAAGAAGAUCGCAGAAGUGACAAAGUCGACGUCGGAAAAAGUUCUGGAAGAUCCGACUCGGAUUGAGAAGACGUCCCAGAACAACGCCGUCGUGGAAGAAAUCCAGAAAGACGUCUCCGAAAAAAGGCUGAAGGAAGAGAAAGUAGUUCUAGAGGAUUCUGUAGCGGCUCAGAUUGUGAAGACGUCGCAGAUCAUCGUCGUCGCCGGAGAAGUGAUCAUGGGAACCAAGAAGACUUUAGAAGAAGCUCCUAGACCUGAGAAGACGUCGAAGAACAACGCCGUCGUCGAAGGAUCCAAGAAAGAUGCCAUAUCAGAAGUGACGAGACAGUCGGGCGGAACCAAGAAGACGUCGAUAGAAAAUCCUGAAAAUUCUCAAGCAACUCCGCUUGAGAAGACGUCGCAGAACAACGCCGCCGUCAAAGAAGUGAUGAAGCCACUUGAUCGAACCAGGAAGACGUCGGAAAUAGUUCUGGACGAUUCUGAAACAGAAGUCGUCGAAGAAGUGGUGAAACAGUCGGGUCGAACUAAGAAGGCGACGAAAAAACUUCCUUCUGAAGCAACUCGGCUUGAGAAGACGUCACAGAACAACGUCGUCGUCGAAGAAGUGAUGAAGGAGGUUGACCGGACCAAGAAGAUGUUGGAUGAUCCUUCCAUCCCGAAGCAGAACAUCCCUUACGAGGAAACGCCGAAAAGGACCCUAAGAACCGAAAAAAAGAAGCCGCACUUCAGUAGCUCCUCCUCCAGCGACGGCUCCUUCGACGACGCCCUUGUCCUUUCCGAAGUCGCCCGAAAGAAAAACCUGCCCGAAGAUCCCUUGGAAAAGUCGCAUCUGCCGGCUGAAGACGUCGAAAAGACCCCGAAGAAAGCCUCGACGAAGAAGAGAAGCGACGACGACCCCGAAGUCUUCGCCAUUGGAACUCGUCUGCCGAAAAGCUCCGGGGUUUCCUACAGAAAGGUUCUUUCUUACGAUAUCUAGAACAUUUUGAAAUAAGAAAAAAUUGGUAUCUCCAACAAGGUAUUUUGAAGGAAUUGAAAUAAAAAAACUAAUAUAAAAAAAUUCCCAGGGUUUCUUAAAAAAAUUGGUUUUUUUCUUUUUCAAAAGCCUCAAAAAAAUGAGAGAAGUUUGGAUACAUUGCCAAGAAGGAUUUUUUUGAUCAGUUCGAAGUAGGAGAACAUAAAUUCUCUUUUUGAAGCUCUGUAUGACCAACCUAAAAAAAACACUGGGAAUUUUAUUCAAAAACUGCAAAAGAGGUUUUUCUUAAAAAAAUUAAAUGAAGUUUAAAAAAACCUCAUGUCGAAAAAAACACUCAAAGAAAGUUCGUUUUUGUUCCAGAUUUUAAAAUUGAAAAGUAAUUUAGAAAAAAAUGAAGAUUGAGAAAGAAAUUUUUCUGUUCAACUUGAAGUCCAAAGAACAUUCCAGGAAAAAUAAUGAUUAUUUUGGUUUUUUUGAACAGAAUAUCUUCAAAAAAAUUUCGUAAUACUCUUCGUGGAAAAUAUCCGUUUUUUUGGUCGAUUAGAAUCUUAAAAAAAACAUUUUUUUCGUGAGCAAAGUAUUUUUUUCAAAAAUUAAAAAAAGUUUGAGAAAACUUUGAUUGGGGAUUUUGCCGAAUUUCUAUUCGAUUUUUUUCUUAUUCUUUUUAGCAAAAAAACUGGGCAAAAUAAACGCAAAAAUCUCACUUUCUCAAAGACUAAAAAAAUCAUUCGAGAUGAAUUAAAUUUUAAAAAAAUGCUGAUCUCUUUUUGAGCAGAAAAAAAUAUUGUGUUGUCAAAAUUUGCUUUUUUUCACGUGAAAAAUUGGUUUAAUUUGUUUUUGAUAGUCAAGAAGCUGAAUUUCAGAUCACUGGAUUAAAAAAAUUUGCAUUAGUUCAAUUUCAGGUCGUCCAAAGAAGGCCGCCGCCUCAAUUCUCAAAAAAAGUAAUUUUUUUCCCGGAAUUCCAAUAAAUACGCUUUUUUUCAGCCGAAACUUCCAAAAAUGGCAAUAAAAUUGCAUCUUCGUCUCUUGGAAGAAAUUCGGUGCAGAAACCCCGAAAAAAAUGGUGAAAAAUUGUAUAUUUUUUUCUAUAUUUUUCAUUUUAAUGUAAUAACAAUGAAAACGAAUUUCAAGUUGAAAAAAACCAAAAUUUUGCAGGAGUUUCCGGGUUUCCAACCAAAAAGCGUCGCAUCAUUGGCAAUUGGAAAAAGAUGGAAUGGUUUUUUUCUAUUAAUUUACGUGGAAAUUGUAAAAAAAUUAUUUUUUUCAGCAAAUUCUGAGUGAAGACGUCGCCACGAUGCUCCUUUGAAAAAAAGCGAAGGUAAGAAAAAAAAUCUGAUGGAAAAAUAAAUUUUGAGAAUUAUUGUUGAAAAAUAUCCACAGAAAAUCCUUGGAAAUCCGAUUUUUUUCAUUUUGAAUACUAGGAAUAUUUCGAAUUUCUUUUUUUUGGGUCUUGAAGUUUUCCCUAAAGGGCUUUUCAAUAAGAAAAAAACCUUCUCAAAUUCAUUUUUUUCGGAGUUUUUUUGAGAAUUUCUAUAGCCUUUUGAAAGUAUAUUUAAAACAUACCACAUUUAAACCUUUCAACCAGUGGAAUUUAUUAUUUUAGGACUUUUAUUCCUUCUUAAAAGUGAGUUUUUCUUUUAGCAACUUCCAAAAAGAAAUAUUUUUAGAUUUUUGAAUUCAGGAAUUUUAUCAUUUUUCAAAAGUAUGAAUUGGAUAAUCAUUUCAAGAAGCCUAUAAGAGUGAGAUUUUAGAAAUCUGGUCUUUUUACCCCUUUCAACUGAGUUUUAGGCUUUUCACUAUAAGAACACCUGUGAAAAUUAUUAGUUUUAUUUUAAAACUUUUAUAACUUUUUUAAAUGUGGCUUCAAAUAAGUAAGAUUUCAGUUUUACAUUUCAGGGCCUUAUAACAGUAAUAUGUUAGCAUUUUCCUUCAGAACCUAAUGAAAGUGGGAUUUUAGAAAUUCCUUUUGGUAUCACAUCAACUUUCAACUGUUAAAUUCUAGGUUUUGCACUAUAAAAAGUUCUGACUUGUGAGAAUUUGAAUUUUAACUCGAAAAAACCCAUUGAACUGUUAAAUUUAAGAAUUUUAGCUCAUGCAAACAAAUCAAUUUUUGAUUUACCAAAACAGGAAUAACAGAUUAUAGACUUUUCAUAAAAAUUUAUUGACCUCUACUCAAUGCUCAAAAAAGUUGGUGAAAAAAGUACCGCAAUGAUUUUUCUGUUUAAAUAAUUUUCUUAAGCAAAUUUCUGCCUUUAACGGUAAGAUUUUAGAGUUUGAUUUGGGUUGAUUUAUAUAGUGGGAUUUUUAAAUUUGUUUCCAAGACUUUUCUCUUCUUUUGCAGCCAAUUUUGAAAUUUUCCUUUAGCGCCUUAUACAAAAAAGGAGAUUUUAUAGUUAUAUUGCGGGAUUUCUUCCGCGUUUUUCUUCACAAAAACGACUUUCAGGCCUUCGAACACAGUAUCAAUGAAGACCUGGUCCGUCUGCCCAGUCAAAUGGACGAAGAGGAACGAAUCGCCCACGAAAUCGCGAUGAAAGAACAACUCCGACAGAAGGAAGCCAACGACUUGGCGAUCCAGAGACGGAUUCAAGACGAAGAACGGAGGAUCGUCCGGGAGAAACUCGAAAAAGAGUGGAUGGAGGAGAAAUUGGCCAAGAAGGAGGCGCAAAAACAGAAAGUGAGAAAAUUUAUCGAGAAAGUUUUUAAAAAAAAAGAGAAAAUUGAUCUCCGCGCUUGCUCAAGUUCCACAGGAAAAUUGAGUCAGGUCUUUGAAAAAUUAGUUUUUGGCCAAAAAUAGAUCUUUGUGCUUUUUACAACUGUUUUUCGUAAAAUUUUCAAAAAUGGCUGAUUUUCAGUCGUCUAAAAUAAAUUUAUACAGAUAAGCCAGGCUUAUUUUGAAAAAAAAGGACCAGAUAGCUGCUGGAAAGGCUCAGAAAUCAAAAAAAUUAGUCGAAAAAAAUUACAAAAAAAAAUGGAUCCCCCGAUUGCUUGAGUUCCACAGGAAAAAUUAUGUGAGGUCUUUGAAAAAAAUCCUUUUUUUGGCCUAAAAACAUCUUUUUCUCAUUUUUUUAAACUUUUUUUCAACGUUUGGAAGCAAAUUCAACAGAAUUUUUGAAAAAAAGGACAAAAAAAUAGCUGCUCUAAAGCUCUUUUGGCGCCAUCAUGUAGUCCUUUUUCCGUAAUUAACACAUUUUUAAAAAAAUCUGUUUUUAAAACUUGGUACCGAAUUUGAUAAAAAAAUUAUGGUUUUUAUUUGUAGUUUUAAUACAAUUUUCUUGACAUUAAGAUCCACAAACUCGUGAAAAAUCUUCGAAUUUACCAAAUAUAUAACUUUCUGCAAGGUCCCAUUCGAAUCUUUUUAAAAAUUUGUGUUCAAAACAGUUCCAAAAAAAACAUUGGAAAAAAAUUUGAGUCGAAUUAUUGUCUGAAAAUGUUUUGAAAUGGACUCACUAUAACGAAUAUUUUUUGGUCUACCCGCUGACCGCAGAUCACGUUUUGUCCUGAGCUUAUCUCCAACGCAUCAUUCUUUCGUAACUCGCCAAAAAAUAUCAUUUUUCUUCAUUUUCUGUUUCCAUUUUCUCUUCCGUAUUGUAUUCAGUGGAAAGUUAUUUUUCCCUAUUUUCCUUUAAAAACUUGUUGUUUUCGACGUUUUCUGAUAAGAUAAUAUCUAUGAGAAGGUUCAGAUAUAGAAAAGUUAAUUUCAGUAAAAAAUAAUACUGAUAGAAGUCAUUUUCGAGUUUCAGUAAAACGCUUUUCCACUUUUUGACUUCAGUUUUAGUUUUUUUUUUUCGUUAUCUGUCGUUUGAAUGAACAAGUUUUGCUUCUUUUUUCUUUCGACGACAAAAAUAAUACUUGCAAUGGCUCUCCGUCUCGAGAUUUGCUGUAAAUUAACUCUAUGAAAACUUCAGCGAAUUUUAGAAUGAAUCGUUCAUUUUUCAUCCGUAGCAUCACUCAAAAGGAUUUUGGGACCAUUCCAGUUACUUUUGAACUUGCAUUGUUUUUUUUUUAAAUGAUCACCACCAGAUUCCGAUUUUUUUCAAUGUCUUUCAAUUCGGGAAUGUAGACAGUUUCCUCAUACUUUCAACUUCAACUUUCAGGUAAUCAAGAGAUCUCCGGGCAGUAACCGUGUCCGUUUCGGAAUCGAAAACGAUCUGGAAAUCGUCAAAGUUCUACCGCCACCACCGCCACGCUCGCCUCCACCUCCGCCGCCACCGCCGCGAACAAAAUCCAGAAAAAUAUCUCCGAUCCCGCCUCCGCCGCCGCCUCGAGAGAGCCCCGUCGAGCAGCCCAACGUGUAAAUUGCCAUUGAAAACUCGAAAAAAAAGCCAUUUUCAUCCUCAAAAAAAGUAUUAUAAUUCUGCGCCGGGUGGCCCGCUAGAAAAAAAAAGCUUCAUAAUUUUCUCUCAUAUUUGCCACGUGGAUCAACGGGCGCACCCGGAUUAAGCCCGUGUUUUUUUAGGGUUUCGGAUACUCAUUGGGGCAAAAAUGGGAAAAAACAGGUGCAUUAAGAAAUGAGUGACCCAGCUAAGUUAAUAAGAAAAUUUGAGACCCAAAGGGGCCUUAUCUGUGCUUUUAAAAAAACGCCAAUUGACUCAGAGGCUGCGCUCAUACGGGCACACCCACUGAUUGCCCGUUUUAGCCCGUCUGAUCCCUCAUCAGCAUAAGAAAUUUAUGCUUGGUAAUUGGUAACGCGAAACGGACGUGCUCCGGACGCUUCUGGGCGAUUCUAGGUAUCACAUAAGAGUGCUGAGGCUACCAAAGUGGUCCUUAAAGAUGUCCCGACGCGUCCGAUUCGCGUCCCGUUCGCGUUACCAAGGUCCGAGCAGAUCAUUUCAAAACUCUACCAAAAAUAAAGUUAGUACCACCUCGAGGUUAACACUUGUUAUAUUGGUGCCAAAACUCCUCUCCCCCUGACAAGGAAAAUGAUUCUAUUUUGAGAAACUCCUGAAAAUUAGCCAGACUACUUUUUGAUGUACCAGAAAAUGAUCCUGUAAGUAGCAAACUCCCAAACUUGCCAAUUUCCCAGAAUAGACACCUCAAAAUUGAAGAGAACCCUCAAAAUCCGUAGGCCUUUUUUGGCUUUGAGUCUUUAUUUCUCAAAAACUACGCAGUUUUGAAUAUUUAGUCUUUCUGGAUCUUUUUUUCGAUGCUUCAAGGAGUUGAUCUGGCCAAGUAAAAAUAGCAGAAAAACGAAGAGAAUCCUCAAAAAUCGGGUUAAAUAUUUUUUUUAGGCAAAUUGAAAGUAAUGUUCGAAAUUCAAAAAAAGAAGUAAAAUUUUGCAGAAAGUGCGAAAAAUUUGAAAAUCAUCAUGAUCAGUAUUCAUUUUCAUGAAAAAGUUUGUCUAAAUGAAGACAUUUUCAGCGCUUUUCUCACAAAUCUACUUCUUAAACGAUUUUUAUGACGACUUUCUAGCCCAAUUGAAAAUUAAUAAAUAAGCCGUUUUUCAAACUAUAAUCGACAUAUUUUUAGGACAAUGGUUAACAACAACAACCAAAUCUCCAACUAUAACUACGCCCUUCCUCCUCCGCCGAACUGUUCGUUUCCUUAAUUUCCAGAAUAUUUUCCUAAUUUUCCAAAUUCAGGGCCUUUCCCACCGCCACCCUUCUAUCCGCCCGAACAGCAGCAUUACUGUCAGUUUAUUUCGAAAAUCAAAAAUAUUGACUUUUUGAUGAUUUUCAGACCAGAACUACAUGGCCCAAAAUCAGGUGGCAGCCUACGGUCCGAAUUACAGUUGGUUUUUUUUUUCGACGAUUUUUUGAGGCCGAUGAACAUGCAAUAUUGAACAAGCAUUUUUAAAAAGAUAAAGUAAAAUUUGAAUUUUCCAGGUGACUACUACAUGCAGAACGGUCAAGUGGCUCCUUACAAUCAUAGUUUCGGUAUAUUGAUUUUUUUUUUCUUGAAGUUCAAUGAAAAGAGUUUGGAAAGUUGAGAAUUUAAGAAAAAAAUAUUUCGACGAAAUCCAAGAAUAAAAUUGAAUUUUGAAGAGUUUAGAGAGUUCAGGAUCAUUAAUCGUGAUUUUAAAAAAAACCUGAUAGUUUAUUUUUCUGAAACGUUUUGCCAUGCUGAAGUGAAAAUAUACAAAUUUUUUUAUAGAACAAGUGGAUCAGAAGUUUUUGGAUAGAAUAAUUCUUAUGAGAUUCACGACAAUAUCGAAAUUUUUAUUUAUUUAUUCAUUUUUUUCUUUUGAUAGUGUUUCUAAAAUCAUUCGAAGGUCAAUUUGAACUUUGAACCUGAUUGGGUCUCUUUUUUUCCCUUUCAAAACCGAAAAAAACUCUGUUUUUGUGAAUGAUUGGAAGGAUUUUUUUGAGCUUACGUAAAUUACGAGAAGCUGUUCAUUUUCAGAAAAUUCAUAGAAAAGAAUCAUAUGAUCGCAUUUAUUUAUUUUUGAAAAAAAGCAAUUUACAUUUUCAAACAAAGUAUUUUUCAAAGCGAUAAAAAAAUCGAGUAAAGGAAGCUAUACAGAAAUGGUUUUUUAUCGGGUAAAACUUGAAAAAAAAAUUUUUUUAAUAUUUCAGUGAAAAAUGCUUUGAAAUACCGUUAUGUGUGUUUCAAGGAAAGUUUGGAGUCGAUCCGUCAACUAGGAAAAAAGUUAGAAAAUUUCACUAAAAGACCUACCGUAACCCAGUGAGGGGGCGGAGCCUCACAGUAACUAGCCUAAAAGUUUACAAAUUAUGUCUAGUAACUGUGACAACAAUUUAAACUCUCAAAACAAAACAUGAAAUUCUUGUACCAACGCUUCACUGCAGUUCAUCGACUUUCUCAGAAAAGGUGUGUUAAAAAGAAGAGUCUUAGAAUGAAACGUUUUUUUAUAGAUGUUUGAAGGAACUUUAGAGAAUAAAUUUUGUAGCUUCAGUUAAGUUUUCCGUUUUUAAGCAACUCAGAAAAAAAGCUCAUAAAUAAACUGAAAUAAAAAAAAAUAAAUUUAUGAAGGAGAAAUGAGAAAAAAAGAAGCUUUUAGGACUCGAAUUUUUGAACGAAAAUCUUCUAUGAAUUGACUAUAAACGACAUAUUUUUAGCUGCCCAUCAAGCUCAACAGUAUCAUUAUCAACAUGGAUACCGGGCUGGUUAUGCUGCUCCACCGGGCGGGUUCUUCAAUAAUCAUCCCGAUUUUUCACGGCCUCCUCCUCCGCCUCCUCCACCUCCUCCUCAUAACCAAUAUAUCCCGAAUCAUGCUUGGGUAAGCCCUAGGAGAAAUGUGGGCAAUGAAGAAUCGCCUUGAAAUUCUACAAAAAUUUGUAAUUUUAGCCGAAAAUCGUGCAAAAGAUAAGUCAGAGAUCAGUUUUUUCCUGAAACUAGGAGUAGCUGAAGUGGGCCCUGAAGGGGUUUUGAGGUCUAGGGGGUCCUAAGGAAUGGUAUAAGAACCUCCUGAAGGGAUUUACACCAAGGACCCCGAGGAGGCACUUGAAACCACUUUUCCAUUGAGGAAAUUUCACAUUUAAGCCCCUAGAAUAGCGGGGAAUUCACACGAACUGCAAACUGUCUAAAGUGAGUCUUAAAUGAUCAUUUAGGGGUACUAUAGGGGGCGAAAAACAGGGACCUCCAGUAUACCUCCGUAGGGGUUUUUUCCCCUAGAGGGCCCGCUUUAGCUUUUUGCAGAACCUCCUUCUUUACCAGGAAAAAAUCGAGUCAUGGGGCUCCACAAAGACUACUUGUAAACUACACUAAAGUGGCCACUAAAACCACCUCUAUAGUAGCCACUAUUUUUCGCCUUAGUGCCCAUUAUAGUAGUUUUUAGUGGCCUAGUUGAACCACUCACACUUCUAAAGAGGAGACUGAUUUUUGGUCACUAAAGCGGCCACUAAUUCGACUACUAUAGUGGCCACUAAAGCGUCAAAACCGGAAUUGGUCAAUAGACGCUUUCGCACUACCUUAGAUUUUCCGAGUUUUCUUGUCUACGAGAAACCCAUAUCAUCCUUUUUUUUUUUGAUUUUGAUAAUUCUAUAGUUCAUAGUUACAAAUUCCUGCAGAUUUUCUCUCCAACUUGAAACGUUUUCAGAAAGAUCGUUUCUCUCCGCCGAAUCGAGAACCUUUCGUUCCACCUCCGAAAGUUCCGAAUCAAGUUGUUCAGUUCAAGCCGCCGAACGUUCAGAAGGUUAGUUUUCCAAAAAAGGGUUGAAAAAAAGCCAAAGGGAUAAAUUCGGAGCUUUUGAUGAGAUGGGUCGACCCGGGACGGUAAAAUUGUCAAAAAAGGCCGUUUUUUUAUAAUUGUUUCACACAAUCACAUCAUUUUUUUCUCAUUUUCAACCUCUGGUCUUCCCGGGGCGAUGACUUCAAAGUGCGGGUCGACCCGGGGCUAGCCGACCCUCGAAGCGAUCACAUUGUAAAAAGAGCCACUUUUCUUAAUGCUAUCACACAAUUUCAACAUUUUUUUUUCUCAUUUUCAACCUCUGGUCUUCCCCGGGCGAUGACUUCAAAGUGCGGGUCGACCCGGGGCUAGCCGACCCGUGAAGGGAUCGUAUCGUCAAAAGAGCCACUUUUUCUCGAUUUUUUUCACCCAUCAUCAUCAUCACCAAUAUUUAUUGGUUGUUUUAGUCAGAUGGAACCGACUAGGCGGUGAAAAAAUUGCUCUUUUGAGCGGCACUAACACCGCCUUUGGCGAAAAAGAAGUCAAAACGUGUAGUUGAUUGAAUCUAAAGCAUGGUCUUACGAUCCUUCUCCUCGCUCUUCCACAAGUAGAUCCAUCAGUUCCGCUUGUACGGGCACGGCGGUGAUGGUGGAGCUCGGGAAAUACACGGAAUGAAUUUAGAAUAUUUUUUCUUAUUUUCAACUUUGCUCGACGGGUCGUCCCCGGGCGGCUACUUCUAAACGCGAGUCAACCCGGGGCGUCCCAUCGGCAACCAUAUAUAGUACUGGUCGUAACCCAAACUUUCGAUCGUAUAGUUAUAGAAAAAAAAUACAAGGCUGAUGUAUGAUUUCAAGGUUUGUCCUUGCAGAAUCCUGAUCCAAUUGUCGAGUUCCCGGAGCCGCGACGCUCGCGCCUCGACAGCUCUGAAACGACGAGGAAGCGCAAACUCAGUGGAGGAAACGACGUCGAGAAGGUCUGCUUCUUUUUUUUUUCUUAGUUUUUUUUUUUUUUGAAGUAUAUCAAUUUCUUUCUAACCUUCAGUAAAUUUGAAAGAAUCUCCACCAUGAAGGUCAUUUUUUAUUGUCUUUCCAGUAGACUCAAAAAAAAUUACAGAAGUUGUUUGCCCUGAAGAGUUAAUUACUGGAAUCAAAAUUUUUGCAUCUUCCAUUUUUCUGGCGUAUGUUAUAGACAGAAAAUCAAAAAAAAAAGUUCAUUUCUGAGAGGUUUUAUUUUCUCUGACACUUUUGGGGGCGGAAUUUUAUCAUUUUCAAAUGAUAUUCACUUUCCCUUUUCACAGCGAAAAACAUUAAUGAGUGAUAAAUCCUGAGAGUUUUUUUAUGAUUUUUUUAGCGGCAUUCUAGAAAAUACGGUCUUUUACAAAAUGCGACCCCUUUUUGUGCUCCACUACAAAUGAAUAAAAUACGGGCGUUUUUUUGAAUUUUUCAUUUUUUUAAAUUAAAGGAAAUUCUAAUUUUUUUCAAUAGCUUUCUGAUCAGUAUAAUGGUGCCUCUUGUUUGUUUUUGAUAAUAUAUUUUUUCAAACAAUUUUUCAAGAUUUGUUUUGUCCCAAACUCAACUGAUUUCACCUUAUCCCGGUUAACACAAAUUCAUGAACUGUAUGAAAUGGUUUAAAAUGCUCCUAAUCAGAGGCUUUUUUGAGCAAUCAACGAGAAGUGUUUGAUAAUGAAUUCAUUUAUUCCGUCGGAGUACUUUUUUGAAUAGUUUUUUUCAAAAAGGAAAUAUAGGAAAAAAUACAAAAUUCGAAAAAAAAAAAGUGGGAGAGAAAAUAUUAAUGCCCAUAUUUCAUUGAUUUGCAGUGGAGCAGAAAAAAGCGUUCGCACCGGUCGCCUUUUGGAAACGCCCGUACUUUAUAGCAUGCCAAUUUUAGAUGCAAAAAAUGUUUUUUCUGCUCCUAAUUUAGCGUUUGAUUGGAAAAAUUCGAGUUAGUCGGAAAAGAUAAAAAAAAAUUUUAAUGAAGGCUUGGAUAUCUGAAAAUUUAAUAAUAAGGUUCGGUCAAAAAUGAAAUAUUUCAAUAAAGUAGCAAAUAAACUGCAAUAAGUUAAUGGAUAUGGACCUAAUCAAGAAAAAAUAAUGAAACUGAUUUGAAAUACGAAAGGCCAGAAGUCAAUAAAAUAAUUUUCCAAGUUGAGAAAAUUCCCUUACAGACUCCGCCUGCAACCAUGGAAGUACCGGCGGCCGUCGAGAAAGAAAAAACGAAGAUUUUUGUCAUAACUGAACCUCCGAAAAGGAAUUUCAACUCUGGAAUGGUAGGUUUUGCUUAGUUUUGUUGGAAAAUUAUUUGAAGUUUUGAAAAAAAAAAAUCUACUUUUUGGUUAAUUUUUGAAAGUUGCGCCCGGUUUUCUGACUGUAUAUUGAAAAAGAAAUUGUACAUGCUUGUGAAUAUUUUUCUCUGGAUUUUUCUUGGGUCUUUUUACCUAUCAGCAAAUAUUUUAUUAAGAGAAAAAAAUGAAUGAAUAAUCUUAAAAGUCAACAUUUUUCACGCAGAUUUGAUCUUCUUGCAGCAAAUUUUGACCGAUUUAUUUUUGAUUUUUGCAAAGUUAAUUUUAAAUAACCAUUGAAUUGAAUAAUGAAGCAUUUCUGAGCGAAAAUAUUAGAGUUAUAUUUUUUCGCAUUUUUCAAAAUAUUUUCUCAAUUUCAAAAUGUUUUGUUUAAUUCAGUCAAUGGUUACGGUAAAUCUCGUGACAGGACCUCGCUGUGAUCGCUUCCGAGCGAUUGGGACAGAAAAAUUCAAUUUUCAUAAAAGAUUAACUCGGAGAGCAAUAGAAGAGCGUAAAUUACUGAAAAAUAAAACCAAAAAGCUUGUUUUUUGAUCACUUGAUUUGAUUCUUUUUUCAGACGAGGGGUUUUGGUAGAGGCCGUGGCAGGAUUUCGCCGUUCUCGUCUUCACGCGAAGUAAGCCCAAAAAUCGGAAUUUUUCAAAUAUGCUUUUUUUGAACAAAAAUAAUUUCCGAUUUUUUUUUCCUUUAUUAUGAUUGAUCGGGAUCUGACCAAUUUUUUGGUCAUUUGAACAAAAAAUGAGGAAAAUUUUUCCCGUCUAAUAGCUAUACUACCGAUAUUUUUUAUUUCUGUUUUUAAUGAUCCUUUUUUCCAGAUUUCAGCCAUUGGUUAUGGAAGGGGACGUGGCAGGUCUCCGUCGAGUUCGCCACAGCGCAAGGUGAGUACAAAAAAAGGAGUUGGAAAAGAUGGUCCCCUAGAGUGAUCCUAACUGAAAUUCCUAAAGUUGUCCCUUUGCAAUCAUAGGAGGAGGUAAAAUGGUUCCCUGUGGGCAGCCUACAAGAGGCCCUAAAGUGCCACUCUAGGGACCACUUCACGUUUCAUUUAGAGUUACAUUUCGGCUUGAAAAAGUUUUUAAAAAAUCUGUUUGACUUUUGAAUUCGCAGUUCAUCCACCCAAUUUUCGAGCUUUAUACUUUUCGGGCUUGAAACCUUUAAAAAAAGUGGCGACCAACCAAAAGCCCUAAAGUUUCCCCUUUUGCAAGAAUUGGUGCCACAUUAGGAGGAGGUAAAAUGGUUCCCCCGAGCGGAGCCUACAAAAGGUCCUAAAGUUGCCCCUUUGGCGAUCCUAAUUUUUUCCAAAAUUUCAUGUCUUCAGAACAGACUUGACAUGUAUUUGAAGGAUAGUCGAAAAUUAUCAUUUUGUGCAGACGCCGGAAUAUGAUAGAGGUCGUGGAAGAUCGCCAAGUCGCUCUCCCCCGAGAAAAGAACGCAAACGCGCUCGGAGCUACAGCCGCGACAGCGACAGCGAUUGA